AUGGAUUCAGAGCUUAGCAAUGGUGAAUAUACUGAUUACAAAGGCAAGACGGCAGAUCGAAAAAAGCAUGGUGGAAUAAAAGCUGCUUCCAUUGCCUGUGUUGUAGAGAUAAUGCAGAGCUUGAUCAUCACAUGCAAUGGAGUAACUUUAGUUGACUACUUUUUCAAAUCAAUGCAUUAUUCAGUUGCUGAUUCUUCAAACAUGGUUACCAAUUUACUGGGAACUGCUUUUGCACUGAGCAUUAUUUGGGGAUUUAUUAGUGACUCUUACCUAACAAGAUUCACUACAUUUGUAAUUUCUGGUGGCUUACAAUUGAUGGGACUACUCAUGCUAACAUACCAAGCAAAAAACCCUAAUUUGCAACCACCAGAAAAUGAAAAACCAUCACCUAUUCAAGCUCUUUAUCUUUACAUCGGACUCUAUUGUACAGCCAUGGGAAUUGGUGGAGUCAGAUCAACCUUGGCUGCACAUGGGGCUGAUCAACUUGAUCAAACCAACAAGAGUCUCAUUUCCUCAUACUUCAGUUGGUAUUUUUUUAGUAUAUUCGCAGGAGGUCUUUUUUCAACUUGUGUUAUGGUUUCAAUUGAACAAAAAUAUGGAUGGAGUACAAGUUUUAUGAUAAUGGUCUUUGUUUCAAGUUUAGCAUUGUGCACUUUUGUAUCUGGAUUUUCAUUCUAUAGAUAUAAACUCCCUGCUGGAAGUCCUGUGAAUCGGAUCAUUCAGGUACUUGUUGCUUCAAUAAGAAACGCUAAGGUGUCUACAGCUGAAAGUUUGAAUCAUGAUGUGAUAGAACAAUUACUUCAUAGAGAGAAAUGUGAUGAUAAAUUUAAUUUUAUGAACAAAGCAUUGAUGGAUGAAAACAUUGGUGUUGCUCAAGUUAAGGAAACAAAAACCUUCUUAGGACUUCUGCCAUUUUUUUUCACAACGAUCAUGAUGCACUGUUCCUUAGCACAAAUCUAUACAUUCUCAGUACAACAAGGGAAUCUCAUGGACAGAAGGAUAUACAAUUUCACAAUACCUACACAAUCUUUAUCACUUGUUCCAAUUAUUAUAUCACUUAUAGUCAUAAUUAUAUUUGAACAAUUCAAACUCAUGAACAGAAAGAAAGGCGCAACAACAAACAACAAAAUCUACCAACCACUUUUUAGAAUGGGAAUAGGAUUAGCAUUGGUAUUAAUAUCAAUGUUUUUGGCUUCAAUCGUGGAAUCUAAGAGGCUUAAAGCAUUCAAUAAUGGGAAUACACUUUCUGUAUUUUGGUUACUGUUCCAAUAUAUCUUAUUAGGGUUAUCUGAUACACUUACAAUGGGAGGAAUGCUUGAAUUUUUCUACUCAGAAGCUCCUGAAAGUAUGAGAAGUAUUUGUACUUCAUUAUCUUGGUUUUCAAACUCUAUGGGGAUGUUUGUGAGUUCUAUGUUGGUGACUAUAUGUAACUCAAUUAGUGGAAGAUUUGGCAUGGAAUGGUUUGGUGGAAUAGAUCUGAAUCAUUCUAGGUUGGAUCUUUUUUAUGCUCUUAUUUGUGUUAUCAACCUUUUAAAUUUCUCCCUUUAUGUGUACUUUGCUAAGAGAUAUUGA